GUGCUCUCAGGACGUCAACAGAAAUGCCUUGGCCAUUUUCAGAAUCGAUCAAAAAGCGGGCGUGCAGAUACCUGCUGCACCGAUAUUUGGGCAAUUUCCUUCAAGAGAAGCUGAGCCUGGAUCAGCUCAGCUUGGAUCUCUACCAGGGCACUGGGUCAUUGGCGCAAGUCCCUUUGGACAAAUGGUCCUUGAAUGAAAUCCUGGAGUCUGCGGACGCUCCCUUUGAGGUGACGGAAGGCUUCAUUCAGGCUAUAUCCCUGUCCGUACCCUGGGCCUCUCUUCUGCAGGAGAACUGUGCGCUGGAGGUCAAGGGGCUGGAGAUGGUGUUCAGGCCGAGACCAAGGAUGGCAUCCGGCACAGAGCCAAUGUAUUGGUCCAGUUUCAUGACCAGCAGCAUGCAGCUGGCCAAGGAGUGUCUGAGCCAGAAACUGACGGAUGAGCAGGGAGAGUUCCAGCCCCUCGAAGGGCUCGAGAAGUUCGCAGAAACAAUCGAGACAGUGUUAAGAAGAGUGAAGGUGACGUUCUUGGACACAGUUCUCAGGAUUGAGCAUGUACCAGAAAACUCCAAAACUGGAAUAGCUCUUGAAAUGCGAAUUAAUAGGAUUGUGUACUGUGAUGAAACUGGAGACGAGUGUUCUGGCAUGAAUGUUCAUCAGCCCACAAUGUUUGCUCAUAAAAACCUGCAGCUUACUGGUGUUACCAUUUUCUGGGAUGAAUUCUCAGAAGCUGCCAGGACCUGUUUAAAGUCCCCAACUACACAAACAGAACCAGAACCAAAACUCUCUCCUAGCUGGAAUCCCAAAAUCAUCUGCGAACCACACCCCCAGUUCACCGAAACGCUGUCGGAGGCCACACCUUUCGAACCCGUGCAGAUUGGCUGUCUGAGUGGCAGAAUUGAACUCAGCCUCAUUUUGAAACAAAAUGAAAUCCUUCCUGGUGCAAAGUUGGAUGUUAAUGGGCAGAUUGAUGCAGUGAAUGUUCUCUUGUCUCCUCGCCAAGUCCACCUCCUGUUAGACAUGUUCGGAGUCUUUUCAAGCCCAGAGGGCGCAGGGCAGGCAGCUCUGAGUGUUAAGGAUAGGAAGAGCAGGCCCAUGCAGCAGGAGGAUGAGUACCGGCUCCACAUGGAGCUGAACCGCUAUCUGAAGAAGGACACGCUGUCGGCUGGGACAGUGGGGGACACGGACUACUUCGAGAGCGAGACUACUAGAACCACAUCGAGCCGCGAAGAAGAUGUAUUCUUCUCCAUGGCUGAGAUGGACAUGUCUCACAGUCUUUCUUCCCUUCCACCCCUUGGAGACCCACCUACUGUGGACCUGGAUCUCUCCUUAAACAGCAACUUCACCCCGUCUCCUGGGGAGUCCCCAUCUGGCAAUGUGGCUGCCGUCUGGGAUGAGUAUCUGGAUCCUCCGAGACACAGAGAGAAACAGAUGCAGGAUACCCCCUUUCUGCCCAGAGACACCAAACCUCAGCAGAAGCUUCUGCGACAAACCUGUAAAUCUCACCCUUCGAAGUCUCACUGCACAGACGAGUCUCAGCCGGAGGUUGUGUUCAGACUGGCCUUGGGGAGCCUGGCAGUAUCUGUGCUUCACAUUGACCCCCUGCCACCCCCCGACACCGCCUCGAAUGUCAGCCCCCUCACACUCACAGCCUCCGAAUUCUUCAGCCGCAUCGGCAAAAUCGAACCAGACGAGCUGAUGAAGGGUGACUUUCCCCAUUUGCGCCCAGUUUUCGAUGAAGCCUGCCCCAACGAUCAUCUCAGGUUCCUGGGAACUGGUAUUAAGGUGACUUAUGAGCAGAGACAGGGCUCCAGCCUGCGUAGUCUCAGCACCGAUGUGUCUGUGGGACAAAUGGAGCUCCUCGAAUGUCUCUUCCCAAAUGAUUCCCGAUCCAGCCUCCCUCAGUACACACAGCUGGUGACGUUUGAGUCCAUCAUUGAGAAGGAAUCCCUGCCAACGCCAUGCCUCCACCUGAUUUACAAGUUUUCUGAACGAAGAGGACCACAGGGUGGUCAAGUGCGUUUGAGCUUAAUACCUCAAAAAGCUGACUUUCAGAUUGAACUGGGACCUGUGAACUCUGAGCUGGACAUCAGCAUUGUGGACCGACUGAACUCUUUACUUCAGCCGCAGAAACUGGCCACAACAGAAAUGAUGGCUUCCCACAUGUACACGUCCUACAAUAAACAUGUCAGCCUGCACAAGGCAUUCACGGAAGUUUUCCUCGAUGACUCAAGGACCCCAGCUAACUGUCAUGUUUCAGUGGUGGUGAAUAUGCCCUUGCUGAACUUGGCUGUGCGAUUUCCAAUUCCUGACCUGCGUUCCGACCAGGAGAGGGGUCCCUGGUUUAAGAAGUCACUGCAGAAAGAAGUUCUGCAUUUGGAGUUUAAAGAUGUGGAAUACAAAACUGAAUUUACAGGGGGAACCUCACAGGAGCAGACAAAAAUGGAGUUGACGUUCAAAGAGCUGACAGCAGGGUUACAGGAUGAUGGAGAACAAGCAGCUAUCCGGUUCUUCAGGGUGUCACAUGGUAUGGAUGGAGAUAUGACCUCAUCAGACAGUGGUAAAUUUGAUUGGCCAAGGAUUGUACUGAAGGUGAAUCCAAUGGCUGUGCACUCCAUUCUGGAACGUGCGACCACUGAGGAGGAGGAAGGAGUUGAGGGCAAUUCCCCAGAGGAGGAAGAAGGAGGGCCCCAUUCCCUGAAGGAUGUCUGUGACUUCGGAAAGCCAGAGCCCUCUCCUUUCUCCUCCCGCAGGGUCAUGUAUGAAAAUGAGGAGAUGGUUAUACCAGGAGAUGUGGGUGACAUGACCACUUUUCAAGAGAAGACAAUGAGAAAUUCACGGUACAUUUUGGAGCUGUCGUUGCCAAAUGUUGAAUUAUCACUGCCAAAUAAGGCCUUUUAUGAGAAACUGCACAACAGAAUAAAUAAUGACCUCUUGCUGUGGGAGCCAACUGCUCCUUCUCCUGUGGAAACUUUUGAAAACAUGUCCUAUGGCAUUGGCCUGUCAGUAGCAAGCCAGCUCAUCAAUACCUACAGCAAAGACAGCCUCAGCCAGUUCAGAGCAGCAGCACCUGAUGAUGAGGAGAGUGGUUCAGAAGACGAGACGAUGAAUUAUAACUCCACUGCAGACGCUGGUCUGAGAUCACGUAGGAAGAAGAAGCAUGAAUCGCAGAACAAAACCUCACAAAGCCUGUUCUCCGUCAUUCUGACGAUCAGUCACGGGCUGGUGACCUUGCAAACCCAUGCCAAGCAAGAGGAUGAGACUGUAAUGAAAGACAAGCAUGGAGAGUUCUGGCUAGAAAUUGAGGGUGGAGUACUGUUCAGUGUAACUCAGUACGAGGGUUCUGAAGACCAGCAUUACAUCUGCCUUCAUACCAGUAACCUGUGUCUUUACCAUCAAGGCACAGUGGACGGAGGCGUUCCUGUGUCCGAUGUGAAGCUGCCCAGUAAGACACAGCCUCACUGGCUUGAGCCCACCAUUUACCGGUCCGAAGAGGCGUCCCAGUGCAAGCCGUGCCUGUCUGAAGGCAUCGGGGUGGAGGGUCAGAACAUGCUCUCUGUUGCAGUGAAGAUUUCUUCCCAGAGUGUGGAGCGCAAUGUGAAGGAAUUCCUGAUCUCCGUGGGAGUGAGAGGGGCCACUCUGCAGCACCGUGUUGUUCCCCAAGGUCUCAGCUGGUAUGAGCAGAUUCUGGAUUUUCUCAAUGUGUCAGAUGAGCCUGUGCUAGGCUACACCCCUCCUGCCUCUGUCACCACCCUUCACCUUCACCUGUGGAGCUGUUCUCUAGACUACAGACCUCUAUACUUGCCAAUCAGGUCACUGCUCACAGUGGAAACUUUUAGUAUCUCUAGCAGUGUGUCACUGGACAGGUCUUCCUCCACACUCAGGAUCAUUUUGGAUGAAGCUGCAUUGUUUUUAUCCGACAAGUGCAAUACCGUUUCGGUCAAUCUUGGCAGAGACUAUGUGCAGGUUGUGGAUAUGGGUCUUCUGGAGUUGAGGAUAACAGCAGUCAAACCAGGAGCAGAUGGAGAAAGGACUGAGCCACGGUUUGAGCUGCGCUGCUCCAGUGAUGUCAUUCACAUCAGGACAUGCUCGGACUCCUGUGCUGCACUAAUGAACCUAAUUCAAUACAUUGCCAGCUAUGGGGACCUCCUUCCCCCGCCUGGGCCAGAGACCAAAACUGGGAGCUCCAGACAGAAAGCCAAGACUGACAUUCUCGGUAGGCCCCCCUCUCAGACUCCACUCCUCCCUGAAGCUGAGCAGCAGAUGCUGCAGGACCUGAUGAGUGAAGCUAUGGAGGAGACUGACGGCCAGCAGACUCUGUCUCCACAGGAGCGGCAGCACAAUGGAGUCCAUGAGGAGUUGAGCCAGACGCUGGAGCCGUCCCGCUCUGAUCUCUUCCUCUUCCCCGAUGAGAGUGGGAAUCUUUCCCAGGAGCCCAGUCCCACUUUCACCCCCUACCACACCCCACUCAUCUACACUGGCUUGGGCGACACCGUCCCCGAGAGCGAUGACUUCUGUAUCCUCGAAACGCCUGGCGGAGGCAGUGCUGAUCGAGAUGAGGAGCCUGUGGUAAACAAGCUAACUGCAGACUCCAUUCACAUUAAAGAGAAUCACUUCAGUAUGCCACUUGGACGGACUGACUCCAACAAAGCUCCCUUGCACUUCCCUGUUCCAGAGGUCAGAUACUUGAUCAAGGAAAUCUCUAUCAUCUGGCAUCUUUAUGGUGGAAAAGAUUUUGGGACGGGACCAUUUAUGUCAUCCCCGGCCAAGAGCCGAGCCUGCACGCCUCACAGCUCUCCCUCUCAGACCCCUGUGAGACUGGGCAGGGCCGCGGGCCGGGCAGGGGGCGGCAGGGGAAGGAACCCAGACGUCCUGAUGGAAAUACAGCUGAGCAAGGUGAAGUUCCAGCAUGAAGUGUACCCUCAGUGCCAGUCUGAUUCAGAGGUCAGUGUCGCCGAACAGCCAGUUUCUCGCCAAGUCUUCAUUGUCCAGGAUCUGGAGAUCAGGGAUCGCCUGGCCGCCUCUCAGAUGAACAAGUUCCUCUACCUCUACUCCAGCAAGGAGAUGCCCAGGAAGGCGCACUCUAACAUGUUAACAGUGAAGGCCUUGCAUGUCUGUCCAGAAGCAGGCCGUGCCCCUCAGGAGUGCUGUCUGCGUGUUUCCCUGAUGCCACUGCGCCUCAAUAUUGAUCAAGAUGCACUGUUUUUCUUGAAGGACUUCUUUGCCAGCUUGGCUGCUGAGGUAGAAUUAUUGGCCCCACCAGAUCAAGAAGUGAAGAAGCCUCCAGCUCCGGACCUGUCCUGCAGCUUUCCCAAGCACAUGGGCGGCAGUCAGGACCCCGCCCCCAUCAUCUCGGUGCCCGGGCAGAGCAGGCCAAGCCAGAACGGCAUGACCCCCUCGGGCAGCGCCGAGGCUGGGGAGCCAGAGCUCCCCGCGCCAGCGCCCUUCACCGACCAGCCCAUCUUCUUCCGAGAGUUUCGAUUUACUUCUGAAGUGCCCAUACGCCUGGAUUAUCAUGGAAAGCAUGUAUCCAUGGAGCAGGGCACUUUUGCCGGAAUUGUAAUUGGUUUAACUCAGUUGAACUGCUCUGAGCUCAAACUCAGGAGGCUGUGUUACAGACAAGGAUUGCUGGGUGUUGAUAAACUCUUUUCAUAUGCAAUAAAUGAAUGGCUCAGUGACAUUAAGAAGAAUCAGCUCCCAGGAAUUUUGGGUGGAGUUGGGCCGAUACACUCUCUUGUACAGUUAGUCCAGGGACUCAGGGAUCUAGUCUGGUUGCCAAUUGAACAGUACCGCAAGGAUGGCCGGAUUGUGAGAGGCUUCCAGCGUGGUGCCGCCUCCUUCGGGACAUCCACUGCCAUGGCAGCUCUGGAACUCACUAACCGCAUGGUGCGGACCAUACAGGCAGCAGCAGAGACAGCUUAUGAUAUGGUUUCCCCCGGACCCGACGACAGCGAAUUAAAAAGAAUAAAGCGCUUCUCUCAUUACCGAUUGGCUCACCAGCCAGUGGACCUGCGGGAGGGAGUGGCCAAAGCAUACAGUGUCUUUAAAGAGGGAAUUACUGACACGGCGUUUACAAUCUACGACACUGCUACGCGAGAGCACGAACAGAGGGGUGUCACAGGGGCUGUAGGGGGCGUUCUGCGUCAGAUCCCCCCCGCUGUGGUCAAACCUCUCAUUGUCGCCACGGAGGCCACGUCCAACGUGCUCGGCGGGAUGAGGAACCAGAUCCGCCCCGAUGCCCGGCAAGAAGAGUCCCAGAAGUGGCGACUUGGGGAGGAGUAGACAUUCAAGAGGCAGAAUUCCCACAGGAUUAAGAUCUGAUUGGUUCCAGCAAGAGAAAGAGCAGAGCUAUAGUUUUGUCUGCAGUCCUAACAUCAUUGUCAAGCAUGGGGCUGUGAAUUACCUACUUCUGUAACCAGGCUUACACCAAUGUGUUGUUAAAUACUGGAAGCAUUGAAUGAUGCUGCAUACAUAAUCAUAGCUGUUAGGGUAAAAUUAAUAACGUUGAUCAAAACUGCUUUACCCACUUUGUUAAUCUCACAGACGUGAACAGUGUAAGCUUUUACUAAACCGCCAGCUUGUUUCCUUCCUGACACUCUCCAGCAGUGCCUUUCUGUGAGUGUCCGGAUUAUUAUGCUUUAGGUGGUACUGCAGAAAAACGUCUCAGUGAUUUGGAGAGGAGAGCAUAUAAAUUGAUCUGAAAAAGUUUUCUGUGCCAUCUGAUCACCGUGGCUGAAAUUUUGUUCUUCUUUAUUAUGUGCAGGUUGUAUUAUAAUUUAAUGUCAAGUGUUUUUGUUUCACAAUGCCCUGAUAUCACGAAGUAAAGUCUUCUUUGUAUCUGUGUUACUGCACAGCAAAAGCUUUAUUUUUAAUGGAUUCAUCUCUAUGGUCAUAGGGGGAUAAAAAGGCAUGAGUUUGAUUGGUUCAAUGUUAUUUUUCUAAAGGCUUCAGUUGAUUUUCUGAAGAACUUAAGUUGGAACCAAUCCCAGGAGCUUUGUCUUAAAAAGGCAAAAAUACGUAUAGACGAACUGCCCACCUCUCAUAUAUUGCCUUUGAUUCCCUUGCAAUGAACUGGUCUGUGCAGAAUUGUCCUGUCAUGAUUCCAUGUACUGUAUGAACAUCAGGUCUGUUUUGAUGUAGUGUAAUAUCCUGUAACUUGCACAAAAAUACAACAUCUAAGUUUAUUAUGUAGAGCUGUAUGAUAUAAGGGAUGAUGUGAUAGUGCUGAUGAUAAAAAUAAGGAAAGUCUUUCCCCUUUUUGAUAAGAGUAUAAAGCAACAUUAUACUUAAAACCAUGGUAUUACAAUCAAAACCAUGAUAACUGCAAACAGUUGUGUAUAUUGGAAGAUGUUGCAUAAGAACUGCAUAAUGUUAGGCUAUGAUUACUCUGCAAAUGAAAGGGACACAGGCUGAAAAGAUAAAUUUAAGCUCUUGCAGAAACUUUGUGAAAUUUUUCAGAGCUGCUGCCUAGUUGUUUUCCUGCAAUAUAAAAUAGAAAUCGAUAAUUACACAGGAUUCUGUUUUCUUCCCUGUCCUUUUAAAGGGAGUGCUGCUUCAGUAGCUUUUCAAAAGGAAUGGAAAAAAUUAUUUUUUUAAAGGAAUGCUUUUUUUGCCAUCUAGAAAAUGGCCUGCACUCUCUGUUGCAACCAAAUGAGCUUGUUGGGCAGAAUUGUCCUCUCAUUUUUAACCUUUCUUUGCUCCAAUACAUUUCUUCCUUCAAAAAACAUUUUACAAGAGGUGACUCUCUGCUGUUUGAUUAAAACAUGUUUUGCGAUACUGAAAAUAUACUUUGCUGUUCUUAAAUUCUUGAGUUUUGAUUCCCACCCCCAUGUUAACUGAGUUUUAUUUAAGGAUUUCAAUACAUUACCAUGGGAGAAUGUUUAAUAUGUAUUGUAAAUGGCUUUAAAUAUAUAAAUAUAUUUGUUCUUAGAACAUGUACUUGCCAGUGAUUGUUUUCCCCAUUAUUUUCAAUAUUUCUAGGUUUAACUGCUAUUACUGCCCAACAUAUAACAAAAAGUCUUAACUAUAUACUCUCAGCUUUGUUAGCUAUUUUUAUACAUUGUGAGGGCAGGGGUCAUACAUUGCUAACAAUCUGUAGGAUCUGUGUUUAUGUACUGUACCAUUGUUACAGUGAGACCAAAUUGGUUAUGGAUUCUAAUUACUUUUCCCUAAGCUAAUUUCAACACUAACUCAAUUGACUGGGGUGGGAUAAUUGUCCAUGUAUAUUUUGUUUAUAUUUUCUCUGUAACACCAGUGAUGUUUCUUAGUCUGUAGGGGAUAUUGCAUUGCUUGUAUAUAGUUAGUGUACAGACUGGAUAAAGUAAAUUUGUGCAAAUGAUAUUAAAGCAUGUCAACAAUGUAAAAGGGAAAUAAACUAUUUAAGUUCUCUUG